CGUCCCAUUGUCCCAACCACCCCUACCGGUGUGCGGGCCCAUAGCCUUGACGAGCCCACGGUACAGUGACCGCUCCAGUAGGCCGCCGCGCCGCCAACGUGGCCGGGAUGCCAGCUCCUGGCGUGCUGAGCUAAGUUUGUUCCUGCCAGGGCUCCGAUUCACCACCACCCGUCCUCUUCAACUGCCGCCGUUAUCCCCUACCCGGCACGCGCUGGGCGGGGAGCAGCUGAACCCCACCCCAGCCGCCCGCAACGGCGCCAACAAGGCGCUGAAGCGGACUCUCCGGCUCCUGCCAAUGGCGCGGAUCCAGCUUGUGGUGGAUGAAAGAACGGACCCCUUUCUUGGUAGAUUGACUAGACCAGCCACCAUUGACCAAUCCCACAAUUUCUUCUCUGAUGUCACAAACAACUUCAAAGAUUUUUCAACUGUAGUUUCAGAGUUGCAUCAACACCUUCUGGAUGCAAAUGUAGAAGUUACUUACACAGAAUACUUAGAUCUGAUGAAAGUGGAAGUUGAUCAACAUCUUAAUAAGCUCUCGGAGGACAUAAGGGACCUCAAAAGCUGUAACUUGGCCCACAAAUAUGACACAGAUGGUUCAUGCUGUACAGCAUGCCAUGUUGGGAAGCUAGCUGAGAUAGAUGACAGGUUCAACAGCUUGAAGUUUCUGCUGGCUGUGGUGUUCCGACAAAUUAGAGAGAUCCUCACAGUGGUCAAUUCUUCAAUUCAUGAUCUUCAGUGGGAGCAUGAGUUACAGUCAGAAGUUACCGGCAUCAUUAUUGGAGACUGUAUUAGAGGUCUUCAGGAUGAACUCGAGAGGAAACUGUAUGAGCAAAGUUCCAUGGUGAACAGUCUAAGAAAAAACUGCCAGGAAACUGUGGCGCAGUUUGCUUCCAUACGUGAAGAGCUGAUUGCUAUUUCUAAUAUUCUGUUACCUUCUGAAGAGGAACCACAAAUUUCCCUCUGUAGGCAUGAAAGUUUGGGUAACUGGAGUGACAGAUGGAAGUUCAGCUUUUUCAGAAAGCGAGCACACCAGGAUCACUCUUUAUCUUCCACGCAAAACCAGAAUUCUGCAACACAGAAAUCUAUAAGUCCUAGUGAAGUUAUAUCAGAAAGAUCCGACUUCCGACAUCUGAAGGGUAUGACUAGACAUGAAAUGCUUAACUAUUUCAGAUCUGAGAUCAGUAAAUUAAGAAGGCUGCAUGAGUUGGAUUUGCAAGAGAAAACAGAAGAGCUGUUUAAAUUCAAACGAGAGAAAUGGUCAUUGGCUCUUAAGUAUGAUGUAGAAUUUGAGCCUUUAAGAAGGAAAUUCCCUGAGGUCAUUUCAAGAUUUGACCAAAUCAUGUCCAAUGGAAUGGCAGCAGCAGUACCUACAAUCUGCAGUAAUAGUGAUGCAUUCGAUGAAACGAGCAGAUUGAGCAGUAUAAUUGAUUCACUAUACCGUGAAAACCAGCAUCUUCAUUGUUUGCUUGCAGAGAAGAUGAAGAAUAUUCAGGAAUUAUCAAGCCAAAUAUCUGAUUCCACCAGGAAAAUGUCACUUCAAUAUUCAUUAGAAAAACAAAUUUUGAGACAACUCAACAGCACUCAAGUAGAAUAUGAGGAUCUUUUUGUUGAAAGUACUAUCAGAGAUGAAAUUUACCAAACUGUUGUGAGAACAUUGGUUGAUAGUCAUAGGAAUGUUUUGGAGGAUACCACCCAAACUUUCCGUGCAAAAGUGUCUUCACUUGAAGCCGCACUCUCUGAAAAGGACAAGGCGUUGUGUUUAUCUGAUGAGGAAAAUCAAAUGCUAAAGGAAAAGUUGUCAACACUAGAAAAAGAGCAUUUUAUCCAAAAUAAUCAGCAAGAUCUCGAGCUAAUCAAGCAAGAAAGUGAGGAAAUGGUUCUCCGUGAUAUUGAGAUGGAGCCACAAAGAUCAUGUGAGAUUUCUGAUCGAGAUAUACAGUACGAAGGGCUCAUCAAGCUGAAUCAGGUUUUAGAAAUUGCCUCAACCACGGCAAAAGAAAUAGAAACAAAAAGGUUGAAUCUCAGUGAUAUCCAAGGUAAAAGAGAGCAAGAAAAACAGCUAGAUUGCAUCCUGGUAUCUAUCAUGGAUUUGUCAAAAGAAUUUAUGGAGACUGAACAUAGAGUGCCAAAAGAUAUAAAAGGAAAUGAAAAAAAGACUGAUAAUCUGCAUGAUCAAUGCAAUUAUAUGAUACAACAGGCCAUCGUAUUGACAAAGAAGGGUCUAUGGUAUAAGCAAAUGCUUGACACAAAACGUUCUGAGCUUCGAAAAGCUGAAUCUGAGGUUGACAUUAUGGGAGACAAGGUUAAUGCACUCUUGAGUCUUGUUCAAAAGAUAUAUGUAACUCUUGAGCACUACUCUCCUGUUUUUCAGCAUCAUCCUGUGCUAUUGGAUGCUUUCUUGAAGACAUGCAAGCUUGUUGCAGGUAUCAGAAGCAGACAAAAAAAGGACUUGCAAGAUACAAUCUAAGUUGGAGCAGCAAGUUUAGAGUGGCCUAAAAGACACUAGAGAGAGAUUAAUUUCGUCGGUGGAGGAACACUACACAGUCGCAACUCACAAGGCUGUGAAAUUGAUCUAUGGCCAAAUUGACACCGCAAAUCUGCAGCCAGAAGGAAGUUGAGGUAGUCCAUUCGACAGAAUUUUGAAAUCUAGGGUAUGCAUUUCAAGGGCAUUAAGCUGUAAUAUAUUUACAAAUUGUAGCAAUGCAUUUUUCUAAACAUAGUUUGAUAAUGGAUGCAGUUAUACUGUCUCUGCUCACUCCGCAGAUGAUUGGAUUCAUGUCCUGUAUGGUGUAUGUAUAAGUCUAUGCACUUUAUAAUGUACAAAUUAUGAUAGUUCAAAUUCUGUGAGGGUGAUCUCAUUUUUGUCA